UAAAAAACACGCAGAGAGGCGAAGGCCUGAGUUUUAAGGAGAAGGAAAGCCUGGAGCAGGUUUUCCAGAUGUUCUUUCCUCGUCUGAGAUCGUUCCUGCCUGGCUAGCGUGUGACUCCUUUACUAAAGUGAUUUCAGCUAGCAAAGUAAAUGAUAUGAUGCAUCUUCAGAAAAAUUUGCUAACUUGAGUUAGCAAAGUUUGAGUGAAAUUGUCCAGAAUGCCACAUGAGUAGUUCAAUGCAUAGAUUAGAUAGGUUGGUGACAUCUAUCCAAAGCAUGAAAGCAGAGAUGGUGCCAACCAUUUGGGGACAUCUACCACCACUGAGGCCAGUACACUUGGAGCUGUAAGAAGACUCGGGUCUGCGGAGCUGCUUUGGAUGUCAGCAGUGCACGAGCUGUGUCAGUUAAGUGGCUUGAGCAAACCAAAGUGCAAAAUCACUUUUUAUUGUUAAAGCAUAUUGAGAUCUGGGCUUGGGAGCACUUGGAUCCAAAAGAUCUGCUUCCCCAUACUGCCUCUGCAGUGGGAUGAUGCCUUUACCAUGGGGUGAUGUAACACUGUGGAUUUCAGAGGAACAACAGAAGCUCCUGUGAAAUUUGAAGUCACUAAUUAAAAUCAGCCCUGCAGAAUAAGAAAAGGAAAAAAAGGCUCAAACAAGAAGAUGGGGUGCCAGGGAUUUAUCAAUUUUGGAAACCAACUUCUUCGCCGAAAAAACGUGGAUUGUACUCGAGAAGACAGUCGGCUCUCGCGAUGCCUCAACACGUUUGACUUGGUGGCUCUGGGUGUAGGCAGCACUUUGGGUGCCGGUGUCUAUGUACUGGCUGGAGCUGUGGCACGAGAAGAUGCAGGACCCGCCAUCGUUAUCUCCUUCUUGAUUGCUGCCUUGGCUUCUGUGCUGGCUGGACUCUGCUAUGGAGAAUUUGGUGCUAGAGUACCUAAGACGGGAUCAGCUUAUCUCUACAGUUAUGUGACUGUUGGCGAGCUAUGGGCUUUCAUUACUGGCUGGAAUUUAAUUCUUUCCUAUGUUAUUGGAACCUCGAGUGUGGCCAGAGCGUGGAGUGCAACAUUUGAUGAAAUCAUAGGACAGCACAUUGAAGAAUUUUGUAAAAAAUACAUGACUAUGGAUGCUCCUGGAGUGCUAGCAAAAUACCCAGAUAUCUUUGCUGUGGUCAUAAUCAUCAUCUUAACAGGGCUUUUAAUUUUUGGAGUGAAGGAAUCUGCCCUGGUGAACAAAGUGUUUACCUGCAUCAACAUUCUCGUCCUCGGCUUUGUCAUGGUAUCAGGCUUUGUGAAAGGAUCUAUUAAAAACUGGCAGCUGACUGAACAGGACAUUUACAACAUCAGCCACGGCAUUUAUGCAGACAAUCAAACCCAGGGAGAAAUGCUUUAUGGUGUUGGAGGGUUUAUGCCCUAUGGAUUGAAUGGAGUCCUCUCAGGGGCAGCCACAUGUUUUUAUGCUUUCGUGGGAUUUGACUGUAUUGCCACCACAGGUGAGGAAGUAAAAAACCCUCAGAAGGCCAUUCCCAUUGGCAUUGUGGCAUCUCUGCUCAUCUGCUUUAUUGCCUAUUUUGGUGUGUCAGCUGCCCUCACACUCAUGAUGCCUUACUAUCAGCUGGAUACCAAUAGCCCUUUACCCAAUGCCUUUAAACAUGUAGGUUGGGAUGGAGCCAAUUACGCGGUGGCUGUUGGUUCGUUGUGUGCACUUUCUACAAGUCUCCUUGGCUCCAUGUUUCCAAUGCCUCGAAUAAUCUAUGCUAUGGCAGAAGACGGUCUUCUCUUUAAAUUUUUGGCUAAAGUCAAUGAGAAGAGAAAAACUCCAAUAAUUGCAACAGUGACAUCAGGGGCCAUUGCAGCUGUCAUGGCCUUUCUCUUCGACUUGAAAGAUCUUGUGGAUCUCAUGUCUAUUGGGACUCUCCUGGCUUAUUCCUUGGUGGCAGCCUGCGUAUUGGUAUUGAGGUAUCAGCCAGAGCAGCCUAAUUUGGCAUACCAGAUGGCUAGAACAACAGAGGAGACAGAUAACAAUGAGUCUGUGAGCACCAGUGAAUCUCAGGCUGGAUUUCUGCCGGAGGAAGAGGAGAAAUGUUCCCUCAAAGCCAUACUGUGUCCCCCAAACUCAGACCCUUCUAAAUUCUCUGGCUCUGUGGUGAAUAUCUCAACCUUCAUCAUUGGUUUCCUUAUCGUGGGUAGCUGUAUCUUGACUGCCCUUGAGCCAAGCGUUCUGAUAAAGACUGUAUGGAUUAUCGCUGCAAUCCUUGUUCUUAUUGUCAGCUUCAUUAUAUGGAAACAACCUGAAAGCAAAACCAAGCUCUCCUUUAAGGUACCUCUUUUGCCUCUUCUUCCUAUUGUGAGUAUUUUUGUGAAUGUUUACCUCAUGAUGCAACUAGAUAUAGGGACAUGGAUACGAUUUGCAGUCUGGAUGCUUAUUGGCUUUAUCAUCUACUUUACCUAUGGAAUAUGGCACAGUGUGGAAGCCACAUAUUCGGCCUCAGCAGACACAGAGAGAAAUACGGACGCUGGUUCAGACAACUGCAAAUGACUGCCUGUUUGGCUUAAGGGCGACUGGGGAAUUGCUGCAGUGAAGGAAGCUUUGUGUGGGGAACCUGAAGUGUUUCAUCUGGUUAAUCACUAAUGCAGAAAUAAUGAAGCAGAAGGUGGGAAUCCCCAGCCCUGUUGCUACAGCUUGCAGUUUGCUUAGUAGCACAGUUAAAAGGGAUGACAAGGAAAAAGCCACACCUCUGGCAUACUCCCGUCAACACUGUCAGCUAUUCUGGGGCUAUGCGCUUCCCUUCCUCCCUCUCUUGUUUUUUUGCAACGUGUAGAAAGAAAACUGCUUCUGUGUGCCAGUUAACCUUAAAUGCUGCUAUGAAACCAGGCCUCACAGAGGUCUUUCUUUCAGUAGCCCUGUGAAUUACCUCCCCACAGAUACUCUACUUGAUUAUAAAUGGAGCGGCUCUUGCAAUGCUAGCGUUGUGCUUAGAUCAGAUUGUCACUUCACCCGAUGUGAGCUGUACCACAUGUGUACACACAAAAAAGGCUCUCACCAAACAUACGCUUUCACCCAGUUAAGAAAGCACCUGCAAGAUUUACAUUCUUUAAAGUAUCAGGUUUCAUGAUUUUAUUGUAUUUAACUUUUUAAAACUAACUAAGUAUUCAUAUUCCUUAUAGUGCACCGCCGCUGUGUAAUGUUGGGAGGGUUUAUGGUCGCUGCUUGUCAGGUGAAUGGCUAUUUGCAUACGUGCAGAUAAUGCAGAAUGGUGUUUCUGCUAACUCCACACCCAGCAGAGGGGUUUCCAGGUUUACUUGAAUGGUUUUAAUAGAACGGGUGUCUCCAAAAGAGCCUUGCUACCUCUUCAUGUUAAAAAGUAUCAAUACCACGACUGAAAUGGUGGGGUGGAUAGCAGAAGUGCUUUUGAACCCAGGUCUGAAAACAAGUGGGGCCCUAUUUUCCUCUCCGUGCAUCAGUUUUAUUAGAAGUCAGUAGAAUUGCCACCGGUGCAGGCUGCUUGAAAUAAGAAGAAAUUUGGCCUUAAGAAUUUGGUUUGACAUCAGUAGGUGAAUAAUAUUUCUGCCCCUAGAAAGAGAUGUACAGUCAGAUUCUUAGGGUCCUUGAAAUCCUCUUGUGAACAGCAUCCUAGAGUCUCUCAACUUCUAACCCCUCUCCCAGAUGAAGGGCAUGAGGGUAUACAGUGACUCCUUCCCAGUGAUGCCAGUAGAGUGUGUAACCUCCUGCUCCCUAAAACAAACACUGCUAAAGUCUGGCUUGCUGAGGCAAGUUUUUUUUUGUGGCACUGCAGAUCAUCUCUGGAAACAGGUUACUGACUUUGUCUGUGAUCUUAUUUGGAGCUUGGGCCUCAGUGGGGGCUGAGCUCCCUGGUCUGUCUACUUUCUACCCACAAAGGUCAAUAAAAUGUGCUCAAGUACGAGGCAUGUGAUACUGUGUGGGGCUGAGGGGUGCUCUACUCUUUUGGGACGAGAUCCUCUUGGGCCAUGCUAAGGCACUGUGCUGUGGCUAGGCUUGCCACUUGGUUAUGCUCCAGAGCUUGGCUGUCGUGAAAGGUGGAAAACUCAGAGCAUGAGGCCAGGGUCCAUGUUCAGUCAGCAGUGCAGAUGUAGCCUUGAUUUUGUUACAAGGUGAAAGGCUUUUUAAUUCUCUCUAAUGUCCUUCCCCAGCCAAAUACGCAACUCUAAAACAGGCUUUUUGAAGCAUCACAGUGGUGGGUUAUACCCAUGUAAUGUCACAGUUUUAUGUUCAUGCUUUAACUUGUACUGAAAAACAUAUCCCAAACAUGUAUUGCAGAAAUUCCCUUUCCCUACCUAAGUGGAUUCUGUCUGUCCUAGGUGUCCUCCAUACUACUGCCUCUGAAUACCUGGCAGUCUUUACUGUGUUUUGUCAGCACAGCUCUCCUCUGAAGAAGGGAAGCGCUCUUCUCCCCAUCACACAGAUGGAGAGCUGCAGAGUAGACUCCUAAAUGACUUGGCCAAGGUCUUGCAGGGGAUCUAGCACAACAGAAACAGGAACCAGAUGUCCUAGAUUCCGUGGCCUCACCUUGGACCAUCUCUCUUGCAGGUUUCCAAGAGACACUUACAGUCCUGCUACCCACUGAUGAUGCUGGCCUUUUUUUUUAAGUAAACUUGGAGGCUUUUCUUCCCAGGGUUGGCAUUUGAUGGAAUUAAAGUAAUGUGUGCAUUGCUUUGUGUGUGCAUUUCCAGUGCAUUGUUUUACUGCUUCCAUAUGCGACAGGAAAAGUCAUGGUCUGUUCCAAACAUUGGGUCUUGACUGUCUGCCAAGCCUUUUUCCCCUUUGCCUAUAUGAAGUCUUAUUCAAGCAGGGAGAGAAUAUCAAAAUUGAAACGCGCUAGGUUGACGUCUACUUUUUUAAACACAGACAAACUCAUCACACUCCAUCGCCUCCUGAAAAGCACUGAAGAUUUGGUGGGAGGGGAGAGCAUAAAAACUCAAAAGGGAACUUUCCAAUUGUACCAAAAAUGUAGGGAUGUUUUUCUCCACCUUGGGUAUCAGCUUCUGAGCAAUUACCAAAUUUAGCAUGAAGAUUUGAAAGGGGUGAAUUCUGACUGGAAGUGUGUUUCCAAAGAAAAUUAUUUAAAAAUAUGCAGAUUUCUUGCUGUAUGUAAUCUUUUUUAUAAAUGUUAAAUUAUUUUUGUUGUCUACUUAGGGAUCUGUUCUGGUGUUUAUCUUCCAUGAUUUUAUUUCAGCUUCUGUGGCAUUUAAUUGCAGCACUUAGAAGAAAGGGAGUCUUGAUGGGGAUCAUUUUCCUUCAGUUUCCUUUUCUCUGAGAAAGUUCAUAGGAAAAUCUUUCAUUUUCACCAAAUUUUAUAUUUAAAUGUACCCUUACCUGUACCAAUCCCAAAGCUACCAGCUGCAAAUUUACUAUUGAGGUCAAGGCUCUUUAACCCCAUUUCCCACCCCUCCAUCAUGACUUCCACAACCUUAUUGCUUGUCUCCUCACCAGAUACAAGGAGCUAGAGAGAGUUCACAACCCUAUGCCGUGACAGGGAAGUACAGAUCUCUCCCUGGCUCUCUGUGUACCUGCUUCCCCCUUACCGAGCUGGCUCUGGGGACAUCCUGUCCUCCUCUUCAUGUGACUUGCGCCGAGGCGGAGAAGACGUGUGUGACACAACUGCAGCCCCAGGCUCCUUCCCCAUCCUCCCCAUGGCUGCAUCUGCCCCUUGCUUGUACAUUUUGUAAGCUGAAAGGCAGAAUUUGACCACCUCUUUCUAGGAUCAUGUCAAGGACUUUGCUGAAUGGGUGAUUUUUUUUUUACUGUCUCCUUUGCCUCCCUGCUGAUGUCUGCAUGUGGCAUAUAGAUAAAGCCAGGUAUCUUUGAACACAUGCAAGUGCUGCUAUAAUCUGCUUUUGUGAACAAUAUGCCUUCAUUCAUUUGAACUUUUCUUUGUAAAUAGUUUCAUAAUUAUUUUGCUUUAUUAUUCUAAGAAUAUUUUGUACAGAUGCAGAGCAUUUCACUAUGUAAAGAGGUGGGAAUAGGGAAGCGAUGCCUUUUCUGGGAUGCUUAGUGCAAGAAUAUAUCCCUCUGUCAGAGCUGAGAGAUGUAACAAAAAUGGCCUAUCUGAUCUUUUAAGGCAGGUUCUGGCAUGAAGGACUGACCUCAAUUUUACUGAAUUUGGUUGCUUCCAGUGUGCUAACAUGAAAGGAGGCCUUGAGGGCAGGUCUCUGUAGGCAGGGUCCUAACGAUUGGCAGUGCCUUGCAGGUGGUGGUGGGCAGUCAGGCGUCUGGGUGAGCUUCCUCCCUGCAGCAGGCGGUACCGUAGCAGAUUGGUAAUAUGUAGCCUGUCAGCUUUUCUCAGAGGACAAUUGUUGUCAAAGUAGCCUCUUCUUUUUACCCUGAAGUAAUAGUUUUGCGUAAAAAUUAUUAGCUUUUAUUUGUUUACAACUUCUGUUUUUUGAAACCGGUUGCUGAAAAUCAUUACCAGCUGGGUUUCGUUUUCAUUUUGCCUUUUUGUCGCCCCACGGGAUGGCACUCUCUUCCUGUUCCAGCACCAAACUAUUCUGUGCUCGGCAUUUGCCAUCCUCCUUGGUUCCUCCUUGCUUUCCUGGGGUGUCGAAAGCAGGUGGCGUUGGGCUGCCCUCCUGGUAGCCAGCCCUGUCCCCCAGCACUGCAGGCAACCCCGAGCACGGGGCUCAGAGCCUGCUGAGGGGCUGCCAGCUUAGACAUUUCCCAUCGGUCACACCAGGGGAGAGAGCGCUGCACAGGGCUGAACGUCUCGCGAAAACACUGUCGAUACUUAAAACAUGAUGCCACGCAUGGCAGAAGUGCUCUGUAGUUCUGGUUAGUGUUUAUAUUGUAGCCAGGGUUUUGGAAGGGUGAAGUUUCCACUGGCAGUGCUUUCUGUUAGCACUUCUGCCCUUUGCCCAACGCAGAUGAAAACAAACCUUUAUUCAUAGUGUACAGAGGGUGCCUAUCGCUGGCUGCUUCACACAUGUAGGGAGCUAACUUCUUUCCUUUCCUCCCAACUCAGAGAACAGAAAGCAAUAUUGCAGAAUAUUAUGUCUGUAUUUUGUAAAAUCAUCUUCUUUAGUGACUGUAUUUUAUGUAUUAAUCAAUUCCAGUGGGAUUUGUUAAAUUCCUGAUAGAAGAACUUCUACCCCGCAAAAAACACUUACAAAUGAACAUUGUUAUCAUCUUUCCAAAUGAAUAAACAAUCAUGCUGGUC